UUGAUCUCAAACCCUAAUGUUUUCAGUCUACAGCAAAAAUUAGGCAAUGGACCUCACUAUGCCAAUCCUUCUGGAGGGCACUGUGCAUACGGUGGCCGAAGGGAGCAAACGCACAGCGAUGUCCAAACACUCCAAACACAGAAAUGAUCCAAAAUCAUAAAACACAUGCAACGGGAAAAUCACAUAAACCAGUGGUCCUCAACUGGUUUGACAAGCCUCUCUUUAUGGGACGUUCUUCUCCAGCAGAUAUCUGCAGCUGUGUGGCGGACGGACAGAACGUUAAAGUCCCCACUCGGGUCCCCGGGGGACGUCAGUGAUUUUCAACGAGUCGCGACCCUGAGCCAUUUUCAGUGGGUCGCUACGCAAUCGUUGCGAAUGGCUGACUUUGCAUGUGUUUUUGGGUUUGAUCAUUUCUGUGUUUGGAACAUAUGGACGUUGAUGUGCGUUGGCCUCGUGUCAUAACAAACUGAUUUUAAAUAUAAAAGUUAUUUCACUCUUCAGAUUGGUGUAACAUGGACCUUCAUGCUAAACCGGGUAGACAGGAAGUUCAACAUGGCCUCUGUGUGAAUAAGGUCACAUGGCUCCCAUCGUCAUCAUCAUCAUCUGUUUCUCUUUUUGUUUUCCAGCAGCACCAUCCUUCGCUCACCAAUCCAUCUUCUGUGUAACUAAAGCAAUCUCUCACUUUUGUUUUUUAAUGGCUCUGUCAUGUCUGUGGUCUUCAUUAAUGGCCUCCUCCGACACCCUCCCUCUCCUUGGCGGUUUGGUGCAUGCUGCGUGGCCGUAGCCCAGGAGGAGCUAGUAGAAGUAGAAGUAGCCCCUGAGGCGGAGGCCCAGGUAGAAGCAGAGCCCGAGGUAGAGCCUGAACCUGUGGUAGAGCCUGAACCAGAGGCAGAACCAGAGCCACAGGAGGUGGUUCAUGAGGAGGAAGACGCCUAUGAAGAGGAAGUGGAGGAGGGAGAUCAAGAUGAAGAAAAGCCAAAGUUCAAACCAACGGCUCCCAAGAUCCCCGAUGGGGAGAAAGUAGACUUUGAUGACAUCCAGAAGAAACGUCAAAACAAAGACCUGAUUGAGCUCCAGUCGCUGAUCGAUGCCCACUUUGAGUGCAGGAAGAAGGAGGAAGAGGAGUUAAUUGCUCUUAAGGAAAGAAUUGAGAAGCGUCGUGCGGAGCGAGCAGAGCAGCAAAGGAUUCGUUCCGAGAAGGAUAAAGAGCGACAAGCCAGACGGGAGGCCGAGCGGAUAAGAAAGGAGGAAGCCGAUGCCCAGAGGAAAGCUGAGGAUGAAGCCAAGAAGAAGAUAGCCCUGUCUAGCAUGGGAUCCGGCUUCAGUAGCCAUCUGCAGAGGGUGGACCAGAAGAGAGGCAAGAAGCAGACUGAAAGGGAAAAGAAGAAGAAGGUCCUGGCAGAGAGGUGCCAACCUCUGGCCAUCGACAAUCUCAGUGACAGCAGUUUGAGGGAAAAGGCCAAGGAGCUGUGGGACUUGCUGUACAGCCUGGAGGAGAUUAAAUACGACCACUGCGAGAGGCUCAAGAGACAGCGAUAUGAGGUCGUCUCUCUUAGGAAUCGUAUCGAUGAGCUGCAAAAACAUAGCAAGAAAGGAGCCGCCACACGCCGCAGGAAGUGAGGUCGCUGCCAGUAAGGCCAGACAGGAAACACUUGGCCGAUGCUGCGACCACCACAUCCAUGAAAAACCUGCAGCGCCAGUACUAAAACCACAACUGGACAUCUUACUUGCCUGCGUUUGCUUGCGUGAAAUGAUUGGUCUGGAUGGCUUUAGCUCCACUAAAGCGCAGACAAAGGUCAUCAUUGUAUUUGUUUAAGGAUGAUGUGACUGUCCAGAAAAUAAACAUC